UAAUUUUGAGCAUAAACUUAAAAGGAUAAAAACAUAAAUAAACCAAUAGCGAUUGCUUUAACUAAUCGUAACUCGUACCAGGUUUCUAGCAAGUAACAGGUUGGACCACGUGCUUUAGAACACAAAAGGUAAUCUCAGCAAUGUUGAAAAACAACUAAUAAAAUAAUUUUUUACUGCUGUAUUAACGACGUUUAUUGUUUUUUAAAAAGCUAUUCACUUUAGAGGCAAUAAAACAAAAACGAUUUUAAUUGAGCGGAACUAAUUGAAUAAAUCGUUUGAUAACAGUUUGUGGAGAUAUUUUGGUAUGGCUGAAGACGAUCUUAUUGCUGCGGAUGCUAAAAAUUUUUUAUACUUUGUGAAAGAACUUUCCGUAAAUCUCCCGCCUGACGUGCGUCACGUAAAACCGCAGCCGUAUUAUGAUAGCGAUACAGAAAGUUCCGACUCAGGCGUUAUUCUUAAUAAAGAGAUAGGAACCACCGCAGAAACUCGUCGUUUUGAAUGUCCGACGUGUAACAAGUAUUUUAAACGAAGGUCUAGUUUAUCGACACAUAAGUUGAUUCAUUUAAAUGUAAAACCAUUUACAUGUACUGUUUGUUCAAAAGAUUUUCUACGACGAUCGGAUCUAAAAAAACACUCUCUUAUGCACAGCGGCAAGAAGCCACACGAGUGCCCAGAAUGCAAAAAAGUAUUUUCUCAAUCUUCAAAUAUGCUUACUCAUAUGCGUCGCCAUUCCGGUGUACGACCUUUCUCUUGUAACAUUUGCGGAAAUGCAUUUUAUAGAAAAGUUGAUGUCAGGCGCCAUCAAAUCCGUCAUCAAAAAAACAAUACUUAUGUCAUCGGGGAUGAAAUAAACGAGUUUUCGUCUGAAGGUUGUAUAUAAUUUUGUUCAGCUUAUUUUCUUUUGUAAGAAUCGUUACUCAUAGAAAUUUUCAAUUUAAAAAGGCUGGCUAUUCUUAAGAAUAAGUUUUAUGAAAAUUCAUUUUAUAUGACCUGCAAAAACAGAUUGAUUUUCUUUUUUAGAAAAAAUUAAAACAGUUGUUA